AUGGAUGCUGUUGUUCGAGGAGAUUCUGAUUGUUCUAUGGUAGGGAAAACUAUCCUAUUGCCUUCAACGCACACUGGGGUACCUCGAUAUAGGGCACAAAACUAUCAAGAUGCAAUGGCGCUUUGUAGGUGGGCUGGAUAUCCGGAUUUGUUCCUUACUUUCACUUGCAACCCAAAGUGGCCAGAAAUAAAUCAAAUGUUACGCUUAAUUGGCCAAGAAAAUGAUGGAAGCCAGGUCGACAUCAUAUGCAGAGUCUUCGAGAUAAAAUUAUUUCACCUCAUGCAACAUCUGAAAAAGAAGAAGCCUUUUGGAAAAAUAAUUGCUUGUAUAUAUACAAUAGAGUUCCAAAAGAGAGGCUUACCCCAUGCACAUAUAUUGCUCUUCUUGCAUCAAACAUUAAAAAGUCCCUCUACAGAUCAUAUUGACAAAAUAAUAUCAGCAGAACUACCUGCUCUUGAAGCUGAUCCUAAUGGUUACAAUGCAGUGAAGAACUUUAUGAUGCACGGACCUUGCGGAGAACUGAAUCCCCACUGCCCAUGUAUGAAGCAGGGCAAGUGCACAAAAUAUUUUCCAAAGAAAUUCAAUGACCGAACAAAUUUUGACUCGGACGGAUUCCCCAUUUAUAGGAGAAGGAACACGGCUGUGGAAGUGAAGAAAAAUGGCGCCUACUUAGACAACAGAUAUGUCGUCCCUUACAACAGGAACUUGAUUGUCAAAUUUGAUGCACAUAUAAAUGUUGAAUUGUGCAAAUUACUCAAGGGACAAAACACAAUAGUAUUCAAAGAGGAUAAGCGAGCUGAAAGUGUACUUAGCAGACCCGAUAUAGACAGGACAAAAUUCACUGAAUGGUUUGAAGCCAACAAAGUGUAUGAGGAUGCCCGAGAACUGACAUAUUCUGAUUUCCCUACGCAUUGGGUUUGGAAUGCGACAGACAAAAAAUGGAAAAGAAGACAAAAUGGGAGGUCAGUUAGGAGAAUUUACUUCGCACAUCCUGCAAGUGGAGAGCGAUUUUACAUGAGAAUGCUGCUUAAUUUUGUCAAAGGAUGCACCUCAUUCGAAAGCAUCAGAACAAUCAAUGGAGUCAAGCAUAAAACUUACCGAGAAGCAUGCUACGCAUUAGGAUUGUCAGAUGAUGAUAAAGAAUGGAAUGGCUGCUUGGCUGAGGCAUCAAUUUGGGCCACGGGAAAUGAGUUGAGACAUCUCUUUGUAACGAUACUUAUCCACUGUCAGGAAAUCAAUGAGGAGCUAGACUAUGACAAAGACGAGCUAAAGAGAGUGCAUGAAACAUCAUUUGCUUUGUUAAAUGAUUGCCAAAAGACAGCCUAUGAUGCAAUAAUAACAUCAGUUGAGAAAGAUGAGGGAAGAUUAUUUUUUAUAAAUGGACAUGGGGGUACUGGUAAGACAUUCCUAUGGAAUACAAUUAUUUCGAAGCUCAGAUCACAAUCAAGAAUAGUUCUCCCCGUUGCUACUUCUGGAAUUGCAGCUUUGUUAUUACCAAAUGGUAGGACAGCACAUUCCCGCUUCCAUAUCCCUUUGGAUGUCACAGCUGAGUCAACUUGUGAAAUCAAACAAGGCAGCCAGUUAGCAGAAUUACUAAAGCAAACAUCUUUGAUUAUUUAG